AUGACGUCGAGUAAGUUCUCGGUUUCUCGUGCCUCUCGUGCCACCAAGUCGACCCUUUAUUCUCUCUCUUCUCCUUUCAAAUCCUCUUCCAAUCUAUCCGAUGUAAUAUCCUCGACGCCUUCCACGCCUCCUUCGCACAAGCGGUAUUCGAUCUCGACCUCGUCCGAUCACACCAAGGCCAGCAGUGGGCAAGAAAGUGCCGAGAACUCGCCUCCAGAUCCACCGAAACGUCGUUCGACACACGAAUCUAAUCAACAUCAGCCGCUGCCGCCGCCCAGACUGCCAGAGCAAGAGCAAGGACAAACGCAGCCCAGGGACAGGUCCAAUGAGGAGAAGACAGGACUGCCUGCUGAAGCCAGUGUCCUGUCCGACUUCCAUGUUGGGCCGCGGACUGGAGCUGAGGAUGUUCGACGACUCCGUCAUGAUGCUCCAGCAGCAGCAUUGUCCGAAUCGGAUGACGAAGACCGUGUGAUCAGGCUUCCCGCAAGUCCCACGAAAACCGACGAAGGCUUCCCGUUCGAACAGCAAACGCUGAAAAGCACCAAUGGAACACCUCCUGCCCAGACAAAACCCCAGACGCAACCACAGCAGACACAGUCGUCUUCUGCGAGUACAGAACCACAGGACAAGCCAGUGCUUCGUCCUAUGCCUCGGAAAUCAAGAACUUGGGCCGGCCGUUUGUCCGUGUUUCUACCGUCACUCAUACUCCCUUCUACAGACCAAUCACCUACAUCCUCUAGCGGUGUUCACCGCAAGCCGGUGCCCGACAUUUCUCCCGUCGACAGCGCUCAUUCACAGCACCAUAAUCCGGGCUUGCGCUCAUCCCAGACCUUCGACCUGGGAUUUACCUCGUCCACAUCAGCCGACUUAACGUUGCGCCACCCAAGCACCAUCCCACAUCCCACAACAGCGCCUCCCCCGGUACCAUCCCAGCACCCUCACGAUGCACCAAUAUCCGCCUCUCUGCCCCAAAGUCAGUCUCUCCCCCUCAGAGAGGCUCCUACGUCGGCGGUCCGAGCUCCUUCACAAAACCGCCUACGCAAGGAAAGAAGGCAAUCACCACCAACAUUGGCACCGCCCUUGCCUCCUCAAGAGGCUCCUCCUCUACCCCCAGAUGCCGGUCAAUUUCCCGGCAAACUGCAGAAAGAAGCUCCCGAAAACAGGAGGAGAAGCAACUCGGUUCAGCAAAGUCGAAAGUCGAGCUUUCCCAUGCUUGGUGUACAAGCAAGGGCCAUUUCACCAGCACCCGAUUCCAGGGGCAGGAGUUCCUCUGCUCAACCUCCCGGCACGAGGAUUGUGUCGGGACAGACCUCUGUCAACAGCCAGAGCCCAGGGCGCGAGGAAAAGCGUGGCAGGCUGCGACGUAGUUGGCUGCCAGGAGGCCGCUCUCGCUCUAACUCUGCAGAUCUGGGAGCAGGCCAAGCCUCGCAAGCAUGGAUGCUGGGAGAUGAUACUGUGGGCGAUUACAAGACUGGGUUCCUGCUGAAUGGAGAGAAGGUACCCGAGCUUUGGAACGAAUCUGGAGCUGUUUAUGUUUACCUCUUUCCUCCAGGUGCUGGUAUAGGACCAUCAUUCAAAGUCCCUAUCUACGCUAUCAGCUCCUCGCAGGUGUUCAACGACUUGAUUCAGUCUGAAAUGGGUCCUGGAGGAACCAGAAGCCGAGCCAGGAGCUUUUCGGGCAGGGACAGCUUGACGGCCGACGAUGCGCUUUCACGAAGAUACUCGCCGCCGUCGCCCUCGGCGGACGGCGAGGACGGCGCUAGCGAUCUUCGGCUCUUCCUUCCGGGUGCCGCAGUGCCUCCCGAUAACGCCCAAAUGGCUGCAGCUGGACAACCCCAGCCGCAACGUGGCGAUUUUGAUCGCCUCAUCGCGAUUCGCAACCUAUUCGCCUUCCUCACGGGACAGCCACUCGUGGCAACCAAGGCCAACCCCACGACCUUCACCGCCUUCCUCCAGAUUUCGAACCUUCUUCUGGAGUUUGGCUUCACCAAUCUUGAUGGAUCGAGCUUCGGUGACGCCGUCGACAUGAGCUUCAGUUUCUUCAACUCGCAGUUGGCACUUUCCGAUGUGAGACAUAGCCGGGAGAAGACACUAGAGGCACUCAUCCUCGGCGAGCGCAUGCGAUCGAUGGAGCUCUACAGUGAGGCUUUCGCCCACGCAGUCGGCAAGUAUACGCCCAUACUCGAGCUCAAGUCGCCCUUGUUUGAUCAGCUCUCGCCCCAAACACGACAGAAGCUUGAGCGGGCUCACCUGGACCUUGUCAACCGCCAGCAUAACAUCAAUGGGAGACUCGAGCAGUUUGACUUCCCCUCGCUCUUUUCUGGCAUUGCCAACUCGACCUCCAUUGCCGAAGUCAAGAGCGUUCGGUUCAAGCAGUGGCGCCAAUCCUUCAACAAGAUGCGGACAUUUGUGCUCGCCUACUACAAGUCCAAUUUCGGCAACUGGCCACCCAAGGCCAGCAGCAAGAAGAACCCGUUCUCCGAGAGCGGCCUCAACCGGUUGGUGCUCAAGGCACUAUACUCGGACAUGUGUGCCUUGUAUGAUCUACUCGUCGACCGUGAAGACUUGACGCCGCGCGUCAUCGACGGGGUCCCUGACGACGAUUCUACGAGCGACAACCCAGUAGCUGCGGCCCUCCGCAAGGUCCUCACAGAGUUCGACGCUUCGACACCUCCCGUGCUGCCACCGAUUCCCUUCGACAUUCCUCAGAUCCCUUCUAUGCGCGCUAUUCUCGAAACAUACGACCAGAAGCCGGCCAAAGAACAGGCACGCAUCGAUAAGCGCAUCAAGGAGCACGAGCUCAUCCUCGUUUUGCACAAGGCUUACAACUACGACACAAACACUCUGCAGGUUCCUUUCCUAAGAGCGUUCAAGGAUUUCGAGAAUCACGAGGCUCGCGGAAAGAAUGCUGCCGAUCUGGCCGAUCAGCGUAUCGGCUACUGGCUAUUCCUCUACGUGGUGAUUCAAUCGCUGCCCAUGCUUGUGAUUGACGCACCCGGCCUGCAGUACACCGAGGGAGUCGAAUAUUUCCUCUGCGAACCGCCGAUGGGCAACCCCCCUUGGCUCGAGGAUGCGCAGGUGCGCAAGAUGUGGUACGAGGUGUCGGGAGGUGCUGGCUACGUUGAGCUUUCAGCAGAUUCGGUCAUGUUCAGCGUGGAAGCCAUCUACCAUCGCUCUCAUUGUUGGGCUGCCGCCAAGAACUGGGAGGGCCUGGAUGGUCCCGACAUGGCCGCGCCCACAGAGCCAGUCAUGUCUCCCCUGGCCCCGCCGCCCAUGUUCAUGGAACACGAAGGCGGACCGCUCGGUACUCCGCCAGCCAUCGAGUCGACCCCCCCUCCGGCCUCGCCCAAAUACGUCGGCAGCCGGCGAACGGCGUCUCCUGGUCGGGCGCUGGCCUCGCGCAAUUCGGCUUAUCGCUCGAGCAUCGCCAUUGGCUUGGAGCCCGUCCCGAUGAUGGAGGGCCUGCCGGGCGAUCGCAGCUCGCGCAUUCCCAGUCUAGCCAACAGCAGCGUUGCCUCGCUGGGCCAAUACCCGGCCUCCUCUGGCGGCCUGCCACGCAACCCCUCAGUCACGAACCUCCUCGGGCAGCAGCAGCAACAACAGGACUCCCCCACUCAGUCGACCAUGACCUUUGAUGACAUUCUUAGGGGUUCGCAGCCGAAGACUAAGAAAAAGAAGGGCAAGUUCUUCUAA